UGAGGGAGCUCAGGCUGAGUGGGGGGUUACUGCAGGGGAAUUCGAUCACGCAGUCAACGAGAGCUCUGCAGACAGAAAACGGUCUGACUGUGACAGCCCUGUGCUGGGGGAGGUUGCAGAGGGCAUUUAUAGAAUUGCUUCUGCUGCACAGAAGUUGGGAGAGAGAGAGUGAGAGUGAGACUGAAUUCAUUGCUUUUGGGAAGAGAACAGAAAACAGACAAGAUGACCCAAGUCGAACACCAUAUCACAUAUAACCACACCACAUAUGUGACUGAACAUUACAUGGAACAAGAGGAAGAUUGGGACAGAGAUCUCCUUCUUGAUCCAGCCUGGGAAAAGCAGCAGAGAAAGACCUUCACUGCCUGGUGUAACUCUCACCUGAGGAAGGCCGGGACCCAGAUCGAGAACAUCGAAGAGGACUUUCGCAACGGCCUCAAACUCAUGUUGUUGCUGGAGGUCAUCUCAGGUGAGCGGCUCCCUAAACCCGACAAAGGCAAGAUGCGUUUCCACAAGAUCGCCAACGUCAACAAAGCCCUGGACUACAUCGCCAGCAAGGGGGUCAAACUGGUCUCCAUUGGGGCAGAAGAAAUUGUGGACGGGAAUUUGAAGAUGACACUCGGGAUGAUCUGGACCAUCAUCCUUCGUUUUGCCAUCCAGGACAUUUCAGUGGAAGAAACCUCGGCCAAGGAGGGUCUACUGCUUUGGUGCCAGCGCAAGACAGCUCCCUAUCGGAAUGUGAACGUACAGAAUUUCCACAUCAGCUGGAAGGAUGGCCUCGCGCUGUGCGCUCUCAUCCACAGACACAGGCCUGACCUCAUCGACUACUCCAAGCUUCGAAAGGAUGAUCCCAUCGGGAACCUAAACCAGGCCUUUGAGGUAGCUGAGAAAUACCUGGAUAUUCCCAAAAUGUUGGAUGCUGAAGAUAUUGUGAACACACCAAAACCCGAUGAAAAAGCCAUUAUGACCUAUGUUUCAUGCUUCUAUCACGCCUUCGCUGGAGCUGAGCAGGCCGAGACUGCGGCCAAUCGAAUCUGCAAAGUGCUCGCAGUCAACCAGGAGAAUGAGAAACUCAUGGAGGAGUAUGAGAAGCUAGCCAGUGAGCUGCUGGAAUGGAUCCGUCGCACGAUCCCUUGGCUGGAGAACCGGAUCCCGGAGAAGACGAUGAGGGCGAUGCAGCAGAAAUUGGAGGAUUUCCGGGAUUACCGGAGGGUUCACAAACCACCUCGGGUGCAGGAGAAAUGCCAGCUGGAGAUUAACUUCAACACGCUGCAGACCAAACUGCGGCUCAGUAACAGGCCUGCCUUCAUGCCCUCCGAGGGCAAGAUGGUGUCUGACAUUGCGAAUGCUUGGAAAGGUUUGGAACAAGUGGAGAAAGGUUACGAGGAAUGGCUCCUGACGGAGAUCCGACGGCUGGAGAGACUGGAUCACUUAGCGGAGAAGUUCAAACAGAAGUGUGCCCUUCAUGAAGGGUGGACAGCAGGGAAGGAGGAGUUAUUGACAAAGAAGGAUUAUGAAUCUGCUACUCUGAUGGAGAUCCGAGCUCUCAUGAGGAAACAUGAGGCAUUUGAGAGUGAUCUGGCAGCUCACCAGGAUCGCGUGGAACAGAUCGCAGCAAUUGCCCAAGAGCUCAAUGAAUUGGACUAUCAUGAUGCUGCCAGUGUGAAUAGCCGGUGUCAGGCCAUUUGUGACCAGUGGGACACCCUGGGCACACUCACCCAGAAGAGGAGGGAUGCCCUCGAGCGGAAUGAGAAACUUCUGGAAACAAUUGACCAGCUGUACCUGGAAUUUGCCAAGAGGGCAGCCCCCUUUAAUAACUGGAUGGAUGGAGCAACGGAGGACCUGCAGGAUAUGUUCAUUGUGCACAGCAUUGAAGAGAUCCAGAGUCUGAUCACAGCCCACGAGCAAUUCAAAGCCACGCUCCCAGAAGCCGAUAAGGAACGGAUGGCCAUUCUCGGAAUUCAGAACGAGAUCAACAAAAUCGCACAGACCUAUGGGAUCAAACUGUCUGGAAUCAACCCGUACACAAACCUCUCCGCCCACGAAAUCGCCGGCAAGUGGGACAAGGUGAAGACCCUGGUUCCUCACAGAGACCAAACUCUACAGGAAGAGCUCGCCCGCCAACAGGCCAAUGAGAGGCUUCGUCGUCAAUUUGCAGCUCAAGCCAAUGUAAUUGGACCGUGGAUACAGACCAAGAUGGAGGAAAUCGGCCACAUUUCCAUCGAUAUCACGGGCUCCCUGGAGGAUCAGAUGAACCACCUGAAACAGUACGAGCUGAACAUCAUCAACUACAAAGGCAACAUCGACAAGCUCGAGGGGGAUCACCAGCUCAUCCAGGAAGCGCUCAUCUUUGACAAUAAACACACCACCUACACCAUGGAGCAUAUCCGUGUGGGCUGGGAGCAGCUGCUGACCACCAUUGCCAGGACCAUCAAUGAGGUGGAGAACCAGAUCCUGACCCGAGAUGCAAAGGGUAUCAGCCAGGAGCAACUAAACGAGUUCCGGGCCUCGUUCAACCACUUCGACAGGAAACGGAAUGGCAAGAUGGAACCCGAUGACUUCAGAGCCUGCCUCAUCUCCAUGGGUUACGAUCUGGGCGAGGUGGAGUUUGCGAGGAUCAUGACCCUGGUUGAUCCCAACAACACUGGAGUGGUGACCUUCCAGGCCUUCAUCGACUUCAUGACCCGUGAGACAGCCGAGACUGACACUGCUGAACAAGUCAUGGCGUCCUUCAAAAUCCUGGCCUCGGACAAGAACUACAUCACGGUUGAGGAGCUGCGCCGGGAGCUGCCCCCGGAACAGGCGGAAUACUGUAUCUCCCGGAUGACGACCUACAGUGGAGCGGACUCGGUGCCCGGAGCCCUGGAUUACGUCUCCUUCUCCAGCGCACUGUACGGAGAGAGCGACCUCUGAACCCCUCGCAAUCCCACCCCACCAAACCCUCUGCUCUCCACUCGCCCGCCUCGCACCCCCCACCCCCACCCAUCCUCAACACCGUUCCUCCGUUACCUGAGACAGAACGGCUGACCGGACCUCACCGCGCGCACCACCCCCACCUCACCAACCUCCGGGCCCUCCUUGCGCACCACCCCACCCCAACACCACCCCACCCCACCCCAACCGACCCCACCCAUGAGCCCAACAUUGUGUUCCCCAAUCUCUCACACACAGUGUUAACUCCUGUGGGGAAUGGCCUUUGAUG